AUGCCGUGGUCCACGACCAACACUAUACGAGACAAUUAUUACGCCUAUUACCACGAGCACCAACCCGUUAUCCUACUUGAGGGCCGGCAACAGCCAGUCCUCAACAUAUUGUCGAAUCUUCAUAGGGACCAGAAUGGAGUUGUACUACCCGAAUCCAUGUCAGCACAGCUGAUGUAUAACUGUGUUGCACCCCCCUAUCGUACAGCAAAUGUCGGGGAAAACACCAUCUUGGAUGUCCCUUCUCCGGCAGCGGGUGCCUAUGGCCUACCGACUGGCAGGCAGUACUACACCUCAACUGCUGGUAUCAGCUACAUGCCAAACAACACGGCAACUGCUCUUUGGCACACUGUCCAAUCCUCUCCGCUGCCCCCGUCUACCCAGCUACAUAGACAACCAAUCCACUGGCACAAGAUAGGCGAUUUUGAUUCUCAUCGCCCAGCCAUUAGGGAUCGAAGUCAGGCUCCUGUUCGAAUCACCAAUGAACAUGCCAGAAGGCACCAGCAAUGGCAGGAGAACCUCACAGACGAUUUUAUACGAUACCGAAACGAUGCUGUUUAUCAUACUGGCUUGGCCCAGGCAGGAUAUUUGCCGAAUAGGGGUCUCGAAAACAUUCAUUUCUCCCCUGGUCCUCCCCGCGUUAUCCCAGACUUCGAUAUGAUGUCGACCCCGGGAACCCAGUUAGAAUCGCGUAUGACCGAAGCGCGGCAAUAUCCAGCUCAUGGAGAUUUAGAUCAAUUUGAGCUCGGCAAUGAAGCUGCUACGUUAGGCAGUUUGUCACCUCCGCGUCCCACCUCACGGAGUGACUUUGAAAUUGCUAUCAUCUGUGCCCUGACAGUUGAGCAAGACGCAGUUCAUGCCCUCUUUGACCGUGACUGGGAUGAUCACGGUCCCGCAUAUGGCAAACACCCCUGUGACCCGAACGCAUAUUCAUGCGGUGCAAUUGGUCGGCACAACGUCGUGCUCGUGCAUAUGCCGGGUAUGGGAAAAGCAAGCGCCGCGGCAGUUGCCGCGCACUGCCGAGUGAGCUUCCCAGACCUGAAACUGGCCCUUGUAGUAGGCGUCUGCGGGGCUCUUCCAUUCACGUAUACUGAUCAGGAGACUAUACUGGGCGAUGUGAUCAUCGGUGAUGGCAUCAUCCAGUACGACUUUGGGAGACAGUACCCAGACCAGUUUGUCCGCAGGAACACCCUUCUCGACUCGCUUGGCAGACCUAGUCCUGAGAUACGUGCACACCUGGCCAAAUUGAAAAGUCGCCGCGGUCUUGCGUCUCUUCAUCAUGCUAUGGGUACCCAUCUUCGCUUUCUUCAAAGUCACCCUCAGUUCAAUCGAUACUACCACUAUCCGGGCGCUGAACAGGACGUGUUAUAUAAACCGGAGUCCAACAUUGUUGUCUCGCGUCGGCGACUGGAACAACCCAGUCCCAAGCCUCAUGUCCACUUUGGUGCCAUUGCAUCUGGCGAUACACAAAUGAGAAGUGGCAUGCGCCGCGACUCUAUCGCAACAAAGGAGGGGAUUAUUGCCUUUGAGAUGGAGGGUGUAGGUAUCUCCGAUAACAUACCGCAUGUGAUUAUCAAGGGCGUGAGCGACUAUGCAGAUUCGCACAGGACUAAGGCUUGGCAACCCUAUGCUGCCGGCACUGCCGCUGCUUGUAUGAAAGCCUUUUUACAAAGUUGGAUUCCAACUGGGAGGUUGCGCUAA